GCUUCAUACAGUGCUGACAUAUGUACGCUUCAUGCAGUGCUGACAUAUGUACGCUUCAUGCAGUGCUGACAUGUAUUGUACGCUUCAUACAGUGUUGAGAUACGCAUGCUUCAUACAGUGCUGUACUGUUAGUUACUGCCUGCUCAACUCAUGCGCCGGCUCCGCUCUCGGCCCGCGCGCCGGGGCGACGCAGGGAUUGUCAGGGGCAGACAACAAUCAAUUACGAUGCUGACGAGAGGAAUCCAUUCGCGAGUCAGGACGGCAAUCGGCGACACAGACUCUGCAGCACUCUGGGUCAUGGUAGUAAACACUCCUAGCUAGCCCGGGAAGAUGUCGCGUGCUCAGCAAUCCUCGAUCCGCUCAUUCUUCCAACCACGGCGGCAAUCCGAGUCCACCGCCCCUGCGUCGAGUGCCCCGCCAACCGCUACAAGCAACAACAAUGGCGCAACCCACCCUCGAUCGCCGCCGCCGCUCCCACCAACGUCCGAGGCUCGACAGCAAUAUGUAGGAGCCAAGCCCGUCCAAAUACCUGUGACCCUCCCGCCGGACGGCGUUCCGGUUCUACCAUCGCCACCGUCUCUCCCAUCGGGCGCCACAAUCGUGCCGCUCGCGGAGCAACACAUCUCGGCGCUGCGGAGAAUCAACUCCCUCCUCCUGCCCGUCCCUUACCCCGACUCCUUCUACACCAAAGCUCUCGAGCCCCUUGCCUCAGGCCUCUUCUCGCGCGCUAUUCUCUGGCAAGACUCAGAUGCUGACCCUCCCAAAGUUGUCGGCGGUCUGAUCUGCCGGCUUGAGCCCAACCUGUUCGUCGACCCCCAAGGCCAUCCAUUGCCGCAAUCGAACCCUCCGUCAGUUCCCCACAACACCGCCAAUUUCGCCUUUGACACCCCAUAUCACGCUAUAUACAUUCAGUCCCUGGUUCUGCUCUCACCAUACCGCUCGCUUGGCCUUGCGGCGGCCGCGCUAGAACACAUAAUCGCAAGCGCCGCUCUCUUGCCUGCGGCAGGUUCAAGCAUUGACGCACGGACAAUCUACGCGCAUGUGUGGACCGAAAAUGAGGAAGGGUUGAAGUGGUACGAAGCGCGGGGCUUCUCGCGAGACGCCGAACCCGUAAAGGGGUACUAUUUCAAGCUCCGGCCGGACACCGCAUGGGUCGUGCGUCGGCAGAUCGGCCCUAGUUCGAUUCUCAACAGCUUAUCCACGCAUACGCGGGCGCAGACAGCGUCACAGCCUACCGAGGCGCCCAUUGUGCCCGGCGUUUCCGCUCCCAGCAGUCCGGCCCCGCGGUCUGGGACCGUCCUGUCAUCCGUGGUCAACCUUCCGCCUAUCAAACCCUCCCCGCCGCCACCAUCAUCCCUUCAUCCGCCAACAGCUGCAACAGAGGGAGUAUCAACCAGCGGCCCGCCCAGGAGAGCAGGAGCAAGCACAUCCCCCGCCCCCUCGUCCGUUUCAUCGUCUUCUAUCUCAUUCCAGAAAGCCCGGCCCGAAACAGAAUGGAACGACCUCCCGCCCGAUAUGGUCAUAUCGGGCAGGAGGAGUAAUCAGCAACUUCUGCCCCCAAACAACAACGGGAAUGGUAGCUCCGGCUCUGGGGCUAGUUCGAGGAGCAGUUCGGCCGCGAGGGAGAGGAAGAAGAGAGCGUAUCCCUCUGCCGCAUUUGGAAACUGAACGUUGGAAGUGGUUGGAUUUCAUUGCUGCAUAGCCUAUGAACAGAUGAACAGUCGGGGGGCAGCGACAAUCAUGGCAUCAGGCAAAUACUGAGUCACGCGCAAAAGAUGAUAGAACUAGUCUCUACAGAGGGUUGGGCAAAGAGAACUGCGUCAUUCGACGUUGCGCGGCUUGAGCGCAUCAGAAAGAUAACCUGUAAUCAAGGGCAGCAGAAAUGGAGGGCAAGCACGGCACGAGAGCGUGGCAAUGGCCAAGUACGAGAGAGUGGAAUCAGUGUCCGUGACAGACAAGAGAGCAGCCUGACUCGGCCAGCAAUUCUCACGCAGAGUAAGCUGCCCUGGGACGUGUUAUCACGAGGGACUCGUCGUAGUAGAGAGAAGGUGAUUCAAAACACAUCAGGCUUUCUCCGAGUUGACAAAUGUAUGGAAAACUUCCUGCGCUCUGCUCUCCGCUUCGCGCGCUGGGCCAACAGGUUUCUCA